ACUGUCUCCGUGUUUACCUUAGCAACCAUGGUGGAGACGGAUGCGGAGAGUGUGAGGACAGAGAGAACCGAGUCCCAAGCCGGUGACGAGCCGUUACCGCAUCUAUCUGACUUUAGCAUAGAACAGCUGCAAACACUGAACAAGGACCUCAGCGAUGCAGUUUCCGUACUCAAAGCAGAGACCGAGAUGUUUGAUAAAUUCUAUAAGAGGCUUGAUCCAAAAGACCUCACCCCUGCACCAGCCUCAGAAAUGGCUGCUUCCCCCGUGGAUUUCAACCAGAUGCGCAGCCGGCGCAGAUCUAGGUCUCGUAGCUUGAUGCCAGAGCGUUUACUGAGACUGACUGCAGAGCAGAAAUGUGAGCUGGUACAGAAAGAGUUGGAGGAGAUGAAGGCAGAAGCACAGAGGGAUCAGGACAACACCGAGAGGAUCAUGCAAAACUACAAGGCAACAAUGGAGGAGGCAGAAAUCCGCAGCUCAGAAAUGAAAAAAGCCAUGUAUGAGUUUGAGCGGGAUAUCUGCAAAGCUGAAUUAAGCAACAAGAAAGGUGGAGGUUGGACCCCUGACAAAGUUAUCCGCUAUAUGGAGGAGAAGAUGCGAGCCCGAGACAGUUUGGCAGACAAGCUUCGGCUGAAGAAUGCUUCCUUGAAAGUCCAAAAGAAGAAACUGCAGAUGCAGCUCAAACAAAAAGAGGAGAUGGGUGAGGUCCUUCAUGAAGUGGAUUUCCAGCAACUGAAAAUAGAAAAUGCUCAGUUUUUAGAACGGAUUGAUGAACGUAACCAGGAUCUUUUACAACUGAAACUUACUACUGCAAAUGCCCUACAUGUUCUAAACACCUACAAGAAGAAGCUGCAGAAUACAACAACAGAGUCAUCACAUCUAGGAAAAGAAAUUGCUGUAAGAAAUGAGAUGCUUCAGAAGAUUGAGUCUGAGACAGAACUUGUGGAGAAGGAACGUGACAAAGCAGAGAGCCAGAAUAAGAAGCUGAGGAAACAGCUGAGUGACUACCGUGUGCCUGAGGUUCUGCAGUAUGUUCAGGAGAAGAUGGAGCAGGAGGAGCUAGAGAAAAGUACCCGAACUUGGGAGAGGAAAGUAGAGAUAGCAGAGCUGUCCUUCAAGACAUAUCGCAAAGCAUGGCAGCAAUUAAAGGCAAGCAGCAGUCAGGCAUAGCUAUGUACCUGAGAUGUCACAUCUGAAACAUCUUCCUGGAACUUCCGGUUCCCUAAGACUUAAAUACAUUAAAUAGACCAAUCAACUAAUUUGUCAUUUGUGAACUUUCUGCUGUUCUUUAUAGUCCAUCUUAGAGGAAAGCUGGACAAUUAUGUAACUAUUAAUAAACGUUUUCAGCCAUUAUAUAA